GUAAUUUUUGUAUUUAUCUCGACGGGAAAAUGGCUAGUAGUACAGCUUUAAGCAACCACUGUGAGGUACUUGGGAACUUCUCGAUUGGCGAGAACAAGAAAUAUCGAAACGAUUUGAGUCAACGUCGUUUCCUAAUCGAACCUGACGAUGAGCCUAAUUUCGAUCUCUCGCAGGGGCUUAGACAAUACACGGAUAGAAAGCCAUCUGGUAUUGUACCGACGUCGAUGAGCCCCCUUCUUGACUGGUUUCACGAUCAUCGAGACGAGCUCAUCAAAAAGAAGAUUUUGAAAUCAGAAGGAUCAUCUAGAAAGCUCGACAUCGAUUUCGUAGGUCGCAGAGGAUUUUUCUGUCGUCUUCUCCGUGCAGUGGCUAGCCUGGACAAGCUUGAAAUCCUUGUAACACUCUGCAAUGGAACCUACUAUAUUGAGAACGUCAAGGAUACUGAUAAGGAAAGAGCGCGGCAAAUAGAGAUGGGAUUUGGUGGCAAGAAGUUUGCUCAGUGCAUCACAAGUCCUGACGGGAGCAGCAUGCCUGACCUCGACGAACCGGUGAAUGCAUACGCCCAGUAUGUAGCGGUGAUGAAGACACAGUAUGGCGAUCAUCGUAUCAUUCUCAGCACCGAAGUUCAGGCAGAACGAAAAGACUCGAAUCAGGCAUCUCCAGAAAACUAUGUCUGCAUCAAAACCAGAAAUGAUGAUCUCGAAGGGAAACCCCUGGCAAAUUUCAAAAGGUACAAGACGUUACAGUGGUGGUCGCAGGCCUACAUGGCUGGCAUCCCUGAAGUGAUAUGCGGUAUGAGAGAUGAUAGAAGGCAUAUCAUAACAUCAGUCAAAACCAUGAAGACCAAUCAGCUGUCUUUUGAAUCAGAGAGGGCAGCACACGGGCGUACGCACUAG